CAUUUUCAUCCUCUCUCUCCAAACCAUUUUCAUCCUCUCUCUCUCUCUCUCUAAACCAUUUUCAUCCUCUCUCUACCCAUUAACAAACUUCCCCACAAAAGGCAAAGAAAACCCUAAGCUUUUUUCUGCUGUGAUUUGAUAGAUCUCCAGAUCUGCCUGCGUCAAACUCCUUAUAGACCGAGAAGCUCUUUUCCCUUCUCGUUCAUGCAUCCCCUCUUUCUCUCUCCUCUGAUUCCGCACUUUCUCUCUCCUCGGAUUCAAAGACCGGAUGCCCAUACCGAAGCGCUCCCUUGAUCAGUUCUCAGAACAAAAAACCAGGGCUUUUUCUCAUAUUUUUUCCCAGUUGGGUGAUUGGGCCAAUUGGGUAGCGCCCCCUCUGUCUUUCUCUCUCUACAACUCGUUUUUAUUGUUUUUAUUGGGAUUUUUGGCAGGUGAGUUGGGUUUUUUUAUCUCUCUCUAGAAGUGAUUUUCAUUGCUUUGUUGGCAUUUUGGGCUGUCGAAUUGGCGCCUCCAUCUUUUUGUAGCUUUAUGGGGAUUUUGGGCAUUUGAAUUGGGUUUGUCUCUCCUCUUUCUCUAGGGAAAUUUCCCUUUUUUUUUUUUUUGUUGGGUUUUGUAGGGUGUCUUCUGCUGUCUCUCUAGUGCCUCCAUAGAGAGAACUUCACCCAUUUUCUCUAGAACUCGCAACAUCUGAAUUGGGUUUCGCCCGUUGUUCUGUCUCUACCUCUCUCCUUCUCUUUCUAGCUUUGUUGUUGCAUCCAUUUGGAUGUUGGGAAAUUGGUGGUGGGUUUGGGUGAGAUGAGGGAUGUUAUCAGCGUUGAUGAAGCUUGUGAGCGCUUGUUGGAGGCCAUCUCCCGAUCGAUAUGUACACACAGGAGGCUCAGAUGUAGUGGGAAGGCAAGAUGGACUCCUCUGGUACAAAGACACGGGCCAACACUUGAAUGGAGAUUUUUCAAUGGCGGUUGUUCAAGCUAAUAAUCUCUUAGAGGAUCAGAGCCAGAUCGAGUCUGGUUCUUUAAGCUCUCUUGAAUCAGGGCCUCAUGGAACCUUUGUUGGGAUAUACGAUGGGCAUGGAGGGCCUGAGACCUCAAGAUACAUUAACGAUCAUCUGUUCCCUCACCUCAAGAAAUUUUCCUCAGAGCAACAAACUAUGUCAGCCGAUGUUAUAAGGAAAGCUUACCAGGCAACAGAAGAGGGUUUUCUCUCUCUAGUUACAAAGCAAUGGUCUACAAAGCCUCAGAUUGCAGCUGUUGGGUCAUGCUGUUUGGUGGGGGUCAUUUCUGGUGGGAACCUUUACAUUGCAAACUUGGGUGACUCUCGAGCUGUAUUGGGGAGACUUGUUAAGGCAACGGGGGAGGUUGCGGCCAUCCAGCUGUCGGCUGAGCACAAUGCAGGGAUUGAAUCUGUGAGGCAAGAGCUUCAGUCAUUGCAUCCUGAUGAUUCUCAGAUUGUAGUUUUAAAACAUAGCGUCUGGCGCGUGAAGGGCCUCAUCCAGGUUUCGAGAUCAAUAGGUGAUGUGUACCUGAAAAAAGCGGAAUUUAAUCGUGAGCCUUUGUAUGCCAAGUUUCGCCUUCCUGACCCCAUUCGGAGACCAAUACUGAGUGCAGAUCCAGCAAUAUCAUUGCACCCUCUUCAACCACAUGAUCAGUUCCUUAUAUUUGCAUCCGACGGGCUGUGGGAGCAUCUCAGCAACCAGGAAGCUGUUGACAUAGUUCAUAACCAUCCACGCAAUGGAAGUGCCCGUAGGCUUGUGAAAGCUGCACUACAAGAGGCGGCAAAGAAGAGAGAGAUGAGGUACUCGGACCUGAAGAAGAUCGAUAGAGGGGUAAGGCGCCAUUUCCAUGAUGAUAUAACAGUCAUCGUGGUUUUCCUAGACUCGCAUCUUAUAAGUAGAGCUAGCACAAACAGGGCCCCCAAUCUCUCUCUAAGAGGGGGCGGGGUGUCAGUACCAGCAAAUUCUCUUGCUCCCUAUUCAACACACACAUAGCAACCAUCCCUCGACAGAAAGUACUAUCCGAUGAGAGAGAGAAAGGAAAAGAAAAUAUAAGUUGGAAUCUUUUAUAUAAAAAGGCAUAUCUCAGGACCCUUCUUCUCUGGUAUAUUUUCACCCCUUCCCACUUCAUCUCACGUCCCACCAGUGUCGGGGGAAAGACAGAUGGGUUCGUCUCUGAUUCUUUGGUGUACAAUGUAGCAAUCAAUCUUUGAGUAUGCCCUUUGCGUCAUUAAGCUUAUUUUAACUAGAGACCGAAAUCUUCGGUUUUAGUUUACUCUUAGGAAAGGAGUUUUAGUGCGAUAUAUGUCUAUUUGGGGAGCUCCUUUAUUUAUUUUUCUUUCAUGUUCUUUUGGCUCUGUAAAUUGUGUGAAACACCCUUCUUUGGCAAUCUAAGGUUUUGGUUUUUUUUUGCACUUC